CUGUUUUUUCUUUUUUUUUCCCACUGCAGCCUUCAACGCUGUUUUUAUUUAUUACUGCAGCCCAUUGCUGCAUCUUCAAGCAGUCUUCAUCACUCUGCGAUUGUCUUCCUGCAGCCUUCAUUGCUGCACUUUAUUUUUCCCAUUCCUUUAUUCUUGCUGCUAUGGCUGAGGCAGUGAAUUCUAUCCCUGAUUCAGGUGACAAAUUCGUCCCUAAUAAUGGAGAAUUGCAGAAUAUUCACUCUGCAUACAGAUUCAACGGAAAGAACUAUCUUAAGUGGUCCCAACUUACACGAACCAUAUUAAAAGGCAAAGGCAAGGGCAGUCAUCUUACAGAAAAUCCUCCUAGUGAAACAGAAACCAGAUUCAGAUCAUGGGAAGAAGAAGAUUCAAUGAUUAUGGCGUGGCUUUGGAAUUCUAUGAUACCUGAGAUUAGUGACACGUGUAUGUUUCUAAACUCAGCCAAAGAGAUUUGGGAGGCAGUCGAACAAACCUACUCAAAGGCUAAGGAUGCUGCCCAAAUAUAUGAAGUGAAGGUAAAAACUGUGGGAGCUAAACAAGGCAAUAAAUCUGUCACAGAAUAUGCUAAUCAGCUCAAGUCCUUGUGGAUGGAAUUGGAUCAUUAUCGUGUGAUAAAAGCAAAGUGUUCAGAGGAUUCAGUUCUACUCAAUGAGUAUAUUGAGCAAGACCGUGUAUAUGAUUUCCUGGUGGGCCUAAAUCCUGAAUAUGAUCAGGUUCGGAUUCAAAUUCUAGGCAAAGAAAGAGUUCCAAGUCUGAAUGAAGUCAUAGCCAUUAUCCGAAGUGAGGAAAGUAGAAGAAAUCUGAUGUUGGAAAUUCCUACUACUGAGAGUACCGCAAUGAAGGUAGAAGAUGGAGCGGCAAUGGUGGUUAACCAAAAGAAGAAUAUUUUUCCAGCAGGGGAAAAGAAACAAGAAGAAGUGUGGUGUUCUUAUUGCAAGAAACCACGUCACACAAAGGAGAAGUGUUGGAAACUACAUGGGAAACCACCAAACCGAGAAUGGGGCAGCCAAAGAUUUCAUACCCAAAAGAGGGGAGGCCAAGGACAAGUAAAUUCUGUAAUCGGACAGAAUGAAGAGAUGGGGCAACUGAAUCACGAAGAAAUAGAAAGAGUAAGAUCCUUUCUAAGUAAGAUGGACAAGUCUACAGGUAUGUGUACCUUGAUACAUUCUGGACAGGAACUCGGGGAGGACGAUUGGACGUGCUAAAAAAUGGAAUGGUCUCUAUUACAUAGAAAAUCCCAAUUUGUCUACCAAAAGUCACUCUCUUGUUACAGAAUCUGCCAUGACCGAUAAAGAAAAAAUUCAUCUUCACCAUUGUCGGAUGGGGCAUCCUUCAUUUCAAAUUGUAAAAACUAUCUUUCCCUCUUUAUUUAAAAACAUAGAUAUAGGGAGUAUGUGUUGUGAAGUUUGCGAGUUAGCCAAACAUAGACGUCUCCCUUUUCCUAUUAAUAAUAAAUUGAGUGAUCAACCUUUUUCUCUUGUUCAUACUGAUGUCUGGGGUCCUGCGAAUAUUCCAACUUUUUCAGGUGCUAAAUGGUUUUUAACUUUUAUUGAUGAUUGUACUAGAGUUACUUGGAUUUUUUUAUUAAAACACAAAUCUGAAGUCAGUUCCAUGUGUAUAAAUUUUGUCUCAAUGAUCAAAACUCAAUUUGGUGUCACCAUUAAGAAAAUCAGAUCUGAUAACGCCAAGGACUAUUUUAACAUAACUUUAAAUUCUUUUUGUCA